CCCCCUCGUGUCACUUUCCUUCCUCUCCCACGUUUUGUCAUACAUACUCAUAACUUGUAACUCAUGGCUUCUCCUUCAAACUUUCUCUCACCUCCCUUUCCUUACAAAACCCACCACUCUUUCUCUCUCUAAAACACUCCAAAAAACCCAUCUUCAAAUUUCAUUCCUUCAUCAAAACCAACAACAACAACUAAUAGAAGUAUGAGAUUAUAUGUGUAUGUAUUAGAAGCAAAAGAUUUACCAGUAAAAAGCCGAAGUUAUGUGAAGCUCCAAGUUGGUAAAUUUAAGUCUAAAACAAGAUUAGUAAACGGGUCGGACCCUGUUUGGAAUGAAGAGUUUGUAUUCCGGGUACAUGAUUUAAAUGAUGAACUUGUUUUAUCAAUUUAUCACCAUGAUGAUGAUGAUGAUUCUUAUUCCCGGGUUUUUAAUGUUUCCGGGUUUUUGUUGGGUCGGGUUCGGGUACCCGUUUGGACCGUUUCUGGUGAAGAGAACAUGUGUUUACCACCCACUUGGUUUUCCCUUCAGAAGCCUAAAAAUGGGAAACAUGCGAAACAAAACUCUGGAAAAAUUCUUUUGACACUCACUCUGCAUGGAAGAGGUGAUGACGCUAAUGCUGAUCUCUCUUUGUCUGAACAACCAAAUACCGGAACAAAUUAUACACAAGAUGAAAGCCCAGAUCAUGCACCUGUCAAUACUUUUUCUCCUACAGCUUCUUCUAAAAAGAUUCUGCAUGGGAAGAAGAUGGUGAAAGCUGUUACUAAACGUUUGGAAAAGCUUUUGCAUAAGAAUGGGGAACCCGCUAAAAGUGAUGAAUCUUCAGACUUAAGUGUAAGUCCCUCCGAGUUUGAAGAUAGUGUGCAGGAGGAAUCUCUCUCACCUAGUAGCUUUGAAGAAGCUGUGGCUAUGAUGCAAAAUAGAGAUGAGGAGGUAGAUCUGCCGGAAAACCUGCAAGGAGGAAUUCUUCUUGAUCGGACAUAUGUGAUUACUUCAAAAGAUCUUAAUGCCUUUCUUUUUGCUCCAGAAUCGCCAUUUAGGAGAGAACUUGCUGAGUUACAAGGCAUAACUGAUAUGCAAGAAGAUCCUUGGACUUGUAAAUCAGGGGAUUCACCGUGUUUAACUCGAUUUGUUACCUACACACAACCCGCAAGCAAGUUAGUUAAAGCUGUUAAAGCCACUGAGGAGCAGACUUAUGUUAAAGCUGAUGGUGUUGAAUUUGCGGUUUUUGUAAGUGUAGCCACACCCGAUGUCCCAUACGGAAAUACAUUCAGGGUUGAGGUGCUCUACAAGAUUAUGCCUGGUCCAGAAUUAUCUUCAGGCGAGGAAUCCUCCCGUCUUCUGAUUUCUUGGGGUAUAAACUUUUCUCAGAGUACCUUUAUGAAAAGCAUGAUCGAGGGUGGGGCUAAGCAAGGUGUGAAAGAGAGCUUCGACCUUUUUGAUAAAUUACUGGCUCAAAAAUUAAAAUUGUUGGAUAGUGAAGAUUCAUCUGAAAAAGAUCAUGUCUUAGAAGCUCUUCAAAGGGAACACCAAUCGGACUGGGAGUUGGCUACUGAGUAUUUUGGGAACCUUACUGUAAUUUCUGCCACCUUUCUUACACUAUAUGUAAUAGUACAUAUUCUACUUUCUGAGCCCCACAAGCCUCAGGGACUUGAGAUUUAUGGUCUUGAUUUGCCUGACAGUUUUGGACAGCUGAUCACUUGUGGAAUUUUAGCACUCUUAUUAGAACGUGUAUAUAAUAUGAUUUCGCUCUUUGUACAAGCCAGAUUACGUGUAGGAAGUGAUCAUGGGAUUAGAUCUCAAGGUGACGGAUGGGUAGUUACAGUAGCUUUAGUUGAAGCUGUCAACUUACCAUCGUUGGAUACAUUGGGUUCUUCUGAUCCCUUUGUGGUGUUAACCUGUAAUGGAAAAACAAGAACAAGCUCUGUGCAGCUUCAAACUUGUGAUCCACAAUGGAAUGAGAUACUUGAGUUUGACGCUUCAGAAGAGCUUCCAUCGGUCCUUGAUGUGGAAGUAUAUGACUUUGAUGGCCCAUUUGACCAGGCAGCCUCACUUGGGCACACAGAGAUCAAUUUUUUGAAGCAUACUGCGACAGAAUUGGCUGAUAUGUGGGUUCCUCUUGAAGGAAAACAGGCUGUUUCCUCUCAGGCAAAACUACAUUUAAGAAUCUUUGUGGAGAACAAAAAGGGAGUUGAAACUAUCAAAGAAUACCUCAACAAAAUGGAGAAAGAAGUUGGAAAGAAGUUGAAUCUACGGUCUCCCCACAAGAACUCAUCGUUUCAGAAGUUAUUUAACUUGCCACCAGAAGAAUUUUUGAUCAAAGAUUACUCAUGCUCUUUAAGAAGAAAGAUGCCUUUACAGGGUCGUCUGUUUUUAUCAGCAAGAAUUGUUGGGUUCUAUGCUAAUUUCUUCGGACAUAAAAUCAAAUUUUUCUUUUUGUGGGAGGAUAUAGAAGAUAUUGAAGUUGUGGAUCCCACCAUGGCAUCUUUUGGUAGUCCUACUUUGGUCAUAAUUUUGAGGAAAGGGAGAGGUCUGGAUGCUAGGCAUGGUGCCAAGACUCAGGAUGAAGAGGGGAGGCUUAAGUUCUAUUUCCAAUCAUUUAUUCCUUUUGAUGUCGCCAGCAAGACAAUUACGGCCUUAUGGAAAGCAAGGACGGUUGCCCCAGAUAAAAAGACAUUGAUUGCAGAAGAGCGGGGGAAUCAGGAAAGCCUGUUGGUUCCACAUGAAGAUGACAGCUCUCUUUUCAAUGUUGGAAAUUCAAAUAUGUCGAAGAUCUACUCCACUAUUCUUCCAGUUGAUAUCAAAUCCUUGAUGAAAAUGUUUGGAGGAGGAAAUCUGGAGCGUAAAGUGAUGGCAAAAUCCGGUUGUCUGGAUUAUGUCACUACACAAUGGCAGGUUGUUAAGCCGGAUGUUUACGAGAGGCAGCUUUCUUAUAAAUUUAACUACGAGGUCUCCGUCUUUGGAGGAGAAGUGCGAUCCACUCAGAGAAAAAUGCUCCUCGGUGAUAUAGAUGGUUGGAUUGUGAACGAAGCCAUGGCCCUCCAUGAUAUUCCAUUUGGCGACCACUUUCGUGUACAUUUGAGCUAUAAUCUUGAGAGCCUUGCAUCAUCUGAAGAUGCAUGUAAAUGUGAUGUAUAUAUAGAAAUUUUGUGGCUAAAAGACUGCAAAUUCCAACAAAGAAUUGCUAAGAGCAUAAACGAGAAGUUUGCCAGGAGACUGAAGACUAUUUUCGAGCUUGUAAAGAAAGAGAUUUUAUUGGCAAAUGAGCAUUCGUUAUAAUAAGAUUAUAGAUCUCUGUUUCUGUCUUCAGUAAAUUUGAAGAGCACAUCAUAGUGGUGUAAAUUCUGAUGUAAAGAACACAACUUGGUAGAUAAUGAUAAUGAAGUAUUCAUUUUAUUGAUUCA